AGAACGCGGCGUGCGCCUAUGCAGGCAGCGACUUGUUUUUUUUUCCCUGAAAAUUCGAACGUCACGUAAUUGUGUUUCGAAUGACUCAUAACCGUCUUUAGAUAUUCGCGCAUUUAAUGAGAGUGACGAGAACGCUUAUUUAUAGCUGCUCAGACGUAGUUUUUUUUUUAGCUGUGUAUAACGAUAGAAGGUAUAUACACUUGCAAAUUUGAACACGUGUGAAUUUUCGCCGUUUAAUUCGCUCCAAGUACACCAACAUGGACUUGCAUUAGUGAUCGCGAACGCUGCCAAAAUCUCGACAGCGAUAAACAUCUACAGCUGCACAGACGCAAUUAGUGUCGGUUAACUGUUUAAAUUUCAUUGAAUUUCCUUGAAACAUGGAUUUGCUCGAUGACAGUGACGGGGCGAUUUACGCCAUGGACCAAGACAAUUUUAUCGAUACCAAGGACUAUCCAGCUGACGAGGACGAUCGACAAGUUCGUUUCAUUUUGGACUUUGACAAAUUUUUCAAAAUCCAGGACGAUAUUUGUUGCAUAGCUGGUAAAAGCACGGUAUCUUCUGAUCAGUUUCUCGCUCAAGCAGAUAGUGCUUAUGAUUUAUGUGAACAUAAUGAUGAGUAUCAUCAAUAUAUGCUGGAACUUUACAAUCAAAGCAUAGCAUUCGCAGAGAAAAAUCUUGAACUUGGUACAGCUUACUUCAGAAAGAGCCAAUUGCUCUUGCAUUUGAAAAAGUUUAAGGAUUGUAUGAUUGAAUUGGCCAAAGCUGAAAAACUAGCUAAAUCUGAAAAUGAUCAGUUAAAAGAGAAUAUUGAGAGUACUAAACAAACAUGCAUUGCUUCUAUGGAGAAAGGAAAUAAUGAUAGCGUUGAGGAGCAAAGCACUAAAUUGCAUGAUCUUCUACCAAAAGAGAUACCGUACAAAUCUAACAAAAUAGAUGUUGAAGUUGAUAGAGACUAUGGAAGAUAUUUGUUAACAAAUUCUACAAUCGAAGCAAGUGAACUUAUUGCUAUUGAAGAAAGUGUAGUUGCAUACCCAAGAUGUGACUUCACUUAUUUAGUUUGCUCUUAUUGCUUGAAAUGUGCUUGGAAUGCAGUACCAUGUGAUACAUGUCCAUAUGUUAUUUAUUGUUCUGAUGAAUGUAAAAAAUUAGCUUGGGAACAAUUUCAUGAUGAAGAAUGUCCUGUUUAUCCUUAUAUGUACUGUGAAAGACACUAUGAUUUAGACAAGACUUAUAUAUUGAUGGCUUUAAGAUUAUUCAUAAUGUUUGUAAAGAAACAUGGAGUUGACGAAAUAAUGGAAAAAGCUAAAAUUAUUGAUAGUAAAAGAGAGGUAACUGGAGAAAACUUUUUAAGUACCCAAGCUGUUGUUGACUGUAAAAAUGUAUUUGAUUUUGAUUGCAUUUAUAACUUGCCUUGUAUGGAACGAUUUUCUAAUGGUGGUGAUCUUUCUAAAUAUGUUAUUGAAUCAAUGGCUGUGAAUGCAUUAUAUAGAUAUUCAAGUAUUCUGAAAGAUGAAGACUUAAAUGCUGAGGGAAAUAACUAUUUUCUCAUUGACAUUAAGAUUAUUUUAGUUCAUCUUUCAAGGAUUUUACAGACAAAUGCUAAUGAAUAUCAAGGAUCAACGGUAUUACCUGAAAAUCAUCCAGAAGAAUGUGAUAAACGUUUGUGUAAUAAAUGUAAUAUAUUACCUACUGCUUGCAGAGGAUUGAUAUUAACUCCAUUUUGUAGUUUGUUAAAUAAUGAUUGUACUCACAACGUGAGUAAAGUAUUCAUGCCAGAACGUAGAGUAAUGAUGUUUGCUACCAACUUUAUUCAAGCAAAACAAAAGUUGUGUGAAAAUAACACAUCGUUAAUAAACAAACUAAGAGGCUUAGAAGUAUCAAAACAAAUUGUAACUUUAAAUAAAAAGUUUAUUUCUUGUAAAGAAUGCACUAAAUCUAAAUCAAGUGAUACAGAAUAUAAAAUUUCUGAGGAACUAAAAAAUCAAAUUUUUGAAGACUGCAGCCCAGAAGUUUUGAACAUAAUGGAAAAUGAUCAUACAAAAUGGGUUUACAGCCAAGAUAUCUUAAAACAAGUGAUACAAGUUAUGAAAAUCUCGUUCAAACUACUAAAAGAAGAUGAAUACUAUUACUUUUUGAAACCAUAUCGAGAUUACAUCAACAGAAUUGUUAAUUUAUUUUUUAAUGAGGAUAUUUCAAUACCAAAAUGUAAUUGAUAGUUUUUUUUUGGCUGGAGACUUAAUAUGAACGUAUUUGUUUUUUUAAAUAAAAGUAUAAGUGAAAA